ACCUGUUUUACAGACAGGAAGCUACAAGCCACUGCCAUUUCAGACAGUCGUAGAAACUAAUUUUUUAAAUCGUGUUUGUCCGUGUCUCAGCCUGCUUAGGCAUAAAUUCGACCAGGAAUUAUCUGUGGAUUAUUUUUUGUAAACCUUCCAAAUGAUCAUCUGACUCUAGUCCUUUAAUUGCGUUCUUCCUUUCUUUUUUGAUUGGACUCUGCUCCCUCAACUGGCCUAUGUAAAAAUGGACUCAGGUGGUUCCCCAGUUAGUCUACCAAUAAACCCUAAUCAACACUAUCACAGCAUUGGGGAUGCAGGAGCACCAGAGGGACAGGAGGAUAGAUACUUGGCUGUCCACCCAGCAGACCACGUCCCCCAUCCAGCACACACCCCCGGGGUUCGUGGAGCCUGUCCUGGUGACGUAGCUACGGUUGCUGCUACAGAUGGGACCUCGACAGCUGCCCAACUGCAGGGCCCCACGAAUCCUCCUCAGAACAGUCUCCCACACUUCACAGAAGAUCCCCCACCCUACUCCACAAUUGAUCCCAAAAUGGCAUAUCUCAUUUAUCAACCCACAUCGCCCCACCACCCAGGACAGCCAGCCAUCGCCUACCAGCCAGGACCCGACCACCCAGCCUUUUACCAGUCACAAUUCAUGCCCUCUCCAAACUGCACCCCUUACACAAUUUACAUGACCAGUCGUCCACCAGACCAGGAGCAGAUGUCCCUGCCUAAGGACUACCUGGUGGAGUCCCUGCUGGUCACCAUCUUCUGCUGCCUGAUGAGCGGGCUCAUCGCUCUCAUGUACUCUUAUGAGGCACGUGCUGCCCUGGCCCGUGGGGAUCUCAGAGAGGGGGAGAGGGCGUCCCAGAGGGCCCGGCUGCUGGUACUGUUCAGCCUGCUGUUCGGGGUCUUUGUGUGUGUGGCCUGGAUCAUAUAUGUGGUGGUGGCCCUCUGUGCCUAGUGAUGCCGAAGGGGAUGUUUGCCCAUCCAAAGUCCAGCGGGGGUCUCUACGCACCUGGUUUUAACCGUCAUCACAGUACCAUACUCACAAAUUCCCAGUCUAUUCAUCUUCAUACAUAUAGACCAAUAGGAAUACUGUAGUUCACGUGAAAACAUGCUGGGGUGUCUGAUAACUUGUAAAAUGUUUUACCUGGUUACCUACCUAACUAUAUAAAUAAAGAUAUACAGCAUAUGCACUGCCAGAGUCUUAAGAAGAAUAAAACCAACCAAGUAAAACCUCCCACCUAAUUGAAAUCAUAAAUAUUAAGCAUGUAUUGUGGGGAACAAUGGUUUAGGUGGUCACAAAAAACAAAAGGAUGGAUUUUUUGACAUGUCUCUUUUGAAGUAUAUGCACUUGGCACUUGAAAUGUACUCCAGAAUUUUAGCACUUUUGGUCAACUGCGUUUUUGUUCUUUUUAAAUAAAUGAUGACCAGCAC